GGAAGCAGGUGGCCUUGUCACCAGCAGGGUGAUAUCCGCUAUUGCUUGCUUCUCUACUCCCCCACUGUUCCUCAGGACUUCUCUGGACCAAAGCCUUUUGCCAGACCCCUUCUAGCCCCUACCCACCAUGGCCCCUUCCAGUGACAUCCUGUUCCUGCUUUUGCUCCCAGUGGCUGUGGCUCUGACAACCCCAGGUUCCUGUUCCGGAUGUGGGCCCCCCUCCCUGCCGAUGCUGGUAGGCCUCAUGGCCGCCGAUUUGGUGGUGUCGCUGCUGAUCGUUGCUGUGGUGUUUGUGUGUGCUUGCCCCCGCCGCAGGCCCACCCAAGAUGACAAAAUCUACAUGAACAUGCCUGGCAGGGGCUGACCCCCUUGUAAGUGACACCUUUGACUUCUGACCCUCUCAUCCUGCAUUGUGUGUGGUGGCACAGGAUACCCACUCCCGACUUGGGUUGGAAUAAAGCAACUGAAAUACCUCUA